AUGACCAUUUCGAAUGUUGAAGAUUGUUUGGAUAAGGCAGUUGUUCUUGAACCUAUUUCACUGGCUACUUUUCCUCCUGGCUUUUCGCUUACUGAUGAAGAUUUUGAAAAGGAAUUUAAUCUCAUGAUGGUGGACUCUAUGGAUUCUAUGGGUGCUGAGCCUUCUUCAGUCCAUGACCUUUGGAAUUUUCUAGGACAGAUGAAUGAAAAUAACAUACAUCCAUGGUUGUUGUUGGGUGAUUUUAACUUUAUUCUUCAAGACUCUGAGAAGCAAGGUGGAAAUCCGGCUAACUCUUUUCCUCCGAACUUUAUUAGAGAUAAACUUGCUGAAAUGAAGAUGAAUGCUGUUUAUGCCUUUGGAAAUCCUUUCACUUGGUGUAAUAGGAGACUCAAGAAUCCGGCUGAGUUGAUAUUUGAAAAAAAUAGUGAUGAUAUGAAUGUUUCUCUAAUUGUUAUACCUACUGUGGAUGAAAUUCAUAACACUGUGAAAUGUAUGGCUCCGUGGAAAUCUCCAGAACCUGAUGGUUAUCCGCCGGGUUUUUUCAGAGACAAUGGGAAUGAAGUUUCUGAAGAGAAAAAGAAAAAAACUAAGAAUGGUUUUAUGGCCAUUAAACUUGAUCUAUCCAAGGCUUUUGAUAGGUUAGAGUGGCCUUUUAUAAUUGUUGUUUUUAAAAAGCUUGAUUUUUCUGAAGACUGGUGUCACAUUAUUUUCCUAUGCAUAAGUAUUGUUUCUUAUUCUGUUUUAGUGAAUGGCUCUCCGAGGGAUAUGUUCUUUCCUUCUAGAGGUAUUAGACAGGGAGAUUGUCUAUCACCUUACAUUUUUAUAAUUUGUAUGGAAGUUCUUUCUCAACUUCUAUUAAAAGCUGAAUCUGAUGGUGUUAUUCAAGGAACUCCACUUUUUAUCAAUAGGGAUAAAACAAAAUCUUUUCAAUUUAUCAUUGAUAAAUUUUACUCUAGGCUUAGUUGUUGUAAAAGAACUAAACUUAAUGGUAUGGGUAGAACUGUUGUUACUAAGCAUGUACUAUCCAGUUUAGUUGUUUAUCAUAUGUCUUGUUUUCCUUUACCAAAAAAGAUUACGUCUAAGAUUGACAAUAUUCAAAGAACUUUUUGGUGGUCGAAAAAGGAUCUUAGGCAUGCUGCUUACUUCAGAUCGUGGGGUGAUAUUGGUAAAUCUAAACUAAGUGGAGGUAUAGGAAUUAAAAAUACUUAUGCUACAAACAGAGUCUUUAUUGCUAAACUAGGUUGGAGAAUUAUUCAGAAUCCAGAUCUUCUUCUUUCUAAAUUUAUGAAGGAUAAAUAUUUUCCAAAUCAGAACUUGUUAGAAGUUGAUAAAGCAGCCGAUACUAGUUCUUGGAUUUGGCGAGGUAUUGUCAAUAGUUUAGUUUUCGUUAGAGCUAAUAUUGUUAGCAAAAUAAAUGAUGGGUCUUCUACAAAAAUUUGGUCUAGUAACUGGAUACCUUUUGAUACCUCUCCUCCAAUUUCGUGCAACCCUAAUUAUGAAGAUUAUGUUUAUGUUAGUGAGCUUAUUGAUGUUCAAAAUAACUGUUGGAACCUUAAUUUGCUGAAUUCUCUUUUUUCUCUUGAUGAAGUCAUUAAAAUUAGAACUAUUAGGUUAAAUCUUCAACAAAGUGAUAAAAUAAUGUGGGCUCAUACAAGGAAUGGUAUAUUUUAUAUUAAAUCUGCUUAUAGAAUCUAUAUGAAUGAUAUUAGUACUGAAAUAGAAGCUUAUUUUUGGAGGAAAGUUUGGUCGUUGGAUUGCUUACCCAAGAUUAAGUUCUUCAUUUAG